AUGCGUCUCCCCGCCGCCAUUUGCGCCCUCCACCGCAUCGACGUCAUGCGCUGCACGAACCAAGGCUCCUCAUAUUCUGACGAGGACAUCCAGUGGUCUUGCAAGGCGGAGCUGCCUCAGGAGCUACGCCUUGGCUCUACAGAGGUUAUCUGCGAGGGCUACGAUUCUCCCGAUGACCCCUAUGUCCUCAAAGGCAGCUGCGGUGUCGAGUACCGGCUCGUGCUAACGGAGAAGGGCGAGACGUCCGCCGGGGCGCCAAUUAUCCCGGACGGGGUGCGGGUGGCGGCUUUUGGCCCGGUGGUGGAGGCGGAGGUGACGGUCCUGGAGGCUGGGGUCCUGGUUGGGGUCCUGGAGGAGACCACGACCCUCCUCCUCCUUAUCCCGGACACAAGCCCGCCGCGCCUGGAAGCGCGGGGCAGGGAUGGCAGCCUGGCUUUUGGUCGGGCCUCGCGGGCGGGCUGCCGCGACCUAUCUAGCUACUAG